GGGAAGGGUUAAUCGAACAAAUGAAUUUGUUUCACCUGUGCUUUGCCUUUAUGACAAAUUAAAAGAAAGUCUACUGUAAAACCAGAAGAAGACUGAAGAUGAUGCUGCAACUUACCUUGGCUUCUAAAUUUGAAGUCAGCGGAUGAACAGCCUCAGGAUGCGUUCAUUAACUAUUUCUGUAUCCAUCAAGUUUGUUUGAAUUGUUAAAAGUCCUCAAUUGGUUCUUACUAACUCAGUGAGUUACUAAUUUGGGUUGCGCCAUAAAAGAUUCAUCAAAAUAUAUUUGCUAGUAGUAGUGUAAAAUAAUGUUUAAAAAGGUUGCAAGGAAACAUCUGAAGCGUGUCCAAACAAUAGGAAGUAAAUGCAGCUGGACUCCUGAACAUCUGGCAAGGCAGAAUUCCUCCUCCAUGUCUGCACCUUCUCCGCUUCUUGAUCCUGCAAGGAAUCACGAGCAUAGAGGUUGGAGCUGGUGAGGAUUUCCUGACUGGAUCUGACUGAGAACCCAAAGACACGCUGUGUGAGCACCUCGUCAAUCAAAAGAGAGGCGACCAGCAGGAGGGCGUGGACCUGACUUAAAGAAGACAGUGGAGAAAAAAGGGAGAAGACAAGGGGGACCAAAGACAGACAAGGCAAAGCCAAGGCCUCCUGGAAAAGAAACACAGCCUCACACUUGCUCUGCACAAGUGCGUGCGUGUGAGGUUGCCCUCUGUGUGCGUUUUACUGCACGUGUGUGUGAGCAGGUGGGACUUUGAUGGGACAGUGAGCAAUGCCUCAAACGCAGCGACAGCCGGUUGGCAGUAGGGGGCAGUGCUCCUCACGCCUCCUCCCCCUCCUCCUCUUCCUCCUCUCCUUCGCAGCCCAGCCCAGCCGAGCAGCCAUACACAUACCCUCCACCUACCACAAAAGUGAUCUCAAGAGGCCUCCGGUGAUCACCACACAGCCGGAGUCUGUCACCGUCUUUAGUGUCGAGGACCUCGUCAUGAGAUGCGAAGCCAACGGCAACCCUUUGCCCAUUUUCCGAUGGACCAAGGAUGGACAGGAGUUUGACCCAAGCAGCGACCCGGAGAUGAGAGUUUCUGCGGAAACUGGCUCAUCUAUGUUCUACACACUCAGUAAUACUGUGGACACCCUGAAGCAGUACCAAGGCAAAUACGUCUGCUACGCCUCCAACGAGCUGGGGACUGCCGUCUCUAAUGAGGCCAUACUCAACACUGAUGCUCCCCCGUCCCAGCAGAAAGAGAAGAAAGUCAGCGUGAAGGCUGAAGAGGGAAACAGUAUUGUUCUGAAGUGUAACCCCCCACAGAGCUCCAUGCAGCCUAUCAUCCACUGGAUGGACUGGAGGCUACAUCAUAUCGAGCUCAGUGAUCGGGUGGUGGUGGGGAAGGAUGGCAACCUAUACUUUGCCCAUUUGACAACUGAGGACAGCAGGAAUGACUACACCUGCAAUGUCCAGUACCUGGCAACGCGCACCAUUCUGGCCAAGGAACCCAUCACUCUCACUGUCAGCCCUUCCAACUCCGUACUGCGGAACAGGAGGCCCCACAUGUUGAGACCUACUGGAAGUCACAGCUCUUACCAUGCACUCAGGGGCCAGACCAUUGAGCUUGAGUGCAUCGUCCAAGGCCUUCCAACUCCCAAAGUGUCGUGGCUGAGAAAGGAUGGCGAACUAUCUGAAACUCGGACCGCCAAAGAUAUGUUCGACCGCCGCCUGCGCUUCAGCAAUAUCUCCGAGAGCGAUGGGGGCGAGUACCAGUGUAUAGCUGAAAACUCCCAGGGGAAGGUCACACACACUUAUACUGUGACCGUAGAAGCGGCUCCCUACUGGACCAAAGAACCAGUCAGUCUGUUAUACGCCCCAGGUGAGACCGUCAAACUGGACUGCCAGGCAGAAGGCAUCCCCUCUCCUAUCGUCAGCUGGACCAUGAACGGCAUCGCCCUCUCAGCAACCGACAAGGACCCCAGACGUUCCCUAACAGCGGGUGGAUCUCUGAUCCUAAAGGACGUCAACUUUGGAGACACUGCUAUCUACCAGUGCCAGGCCUCCAACAAGCAUGGGACGAUCCUUGUCAACGCCAAUGUCUAUGUCAUCGAGCUGCCUGCCCAGAUCAUGACUGAGGACAUGAUUAUGUACACAUUUACAGAGGGGUCGAAGGCUACACUGGAUUGUGAGACCUUUGGCUCUCCCAAACCUAAAGUCAUAUGGGAGAGCGCCAGCCUUACCCCCCUACUGGUGGACCCAAGAGUGAACCUGCUCACCAACGGGGUGCUGGAGAUCUCAAAUAUCACCCACGACGACGAGGGCAGCUACACCUGCUCCGUGCAGAACAGCAACUUGUCUAUCAGUGCCGAGCUGGAAGUGCUCAACAGGACAGUGAUCCUGUCACCUCCUCAGGCUCUGAAAGUGCAGCCUGGCAACACGGCCGCCUUCACCUGUCUGUCCCUUGUUGACCCCAAACUCGGCACCCCGCAAAUUCAGUGGAGAAAGAACGAUCAGAAGCUCUACGAGUCCCACAGUGACGCAAAAUACACAUUUGCAGGACCAGACCUGAUAAUAGCCAAUGUGGGCGAAAGUGAUGAGGGCGUGUACACCUGUCAGGUCAUCACUAAACUGGACAUGGCUGAAGCCAGCAACACCCUCACUUUAUGUGAUCGUCCAGACCCUCCUGCCCUCCUCCAGAUCACUGAUGCUAAGCAUCGCGCAGUCACCCUUAGCUGGACUCCCGGAGACGACCACAACAGCGCCGUGCUAGAGUAUGUGGUAGAGUUUGAGGACCAAGGUUCGAAGGAGAGAGGCUGGGAAGAGCUGAAGAGAGUCUCAGGAAACAAGAAGCGGGCUAGCCUCCCUCUUUGGCCCUACAUGUCCUACCGUUUCCGGGUCAUUGCCAUCAAUGAUGUGGGCAAGAGUGACCCUAGCAAGCCAUCAGAAACCCACAACACACUUGCUGAGGCUCCAGACAUUAACCCUGAAGAUGUGAGGAGUGAGUCCACAGACCCAGACACUCUGGUCAUCACCUGGGAGGAAAUGGACAAACGUGACUUCAAUGGACCCAACUUCAGGUACCGGGUGCUGUGGAGGCGAGUGGUGGGCAGCGGGCCUAACUGGCACACCAACUAUACGACGGCACCGUCAUUCAUUGUCAGUGACAUCGGCAACUUCUCUGCCUUUGAGAUCAAAGUUCAGGCUGUCAAUGAUAAAGGGGACGGACCUGAGCCAGACCCCAUCAUUGGCUACUCAGGGGAAGAUGUUCCAUUGGAGGCUCCCAUGGAUGUGGGUGUUGUGCUAAUAAACAGCACUACCAUCAGAGUGACCUGGGCAGCAGUGGAGAAAGAGACGGUCAGAGGACACCUGCUGGGGUACAAGAUCUACUUGACCAGAACCGGCUCAAGGGCCCACCACAGAAACCGCAGGGCCAGGGAGCCGGAGAGCACCGUGGUGGUUGAGACUGGAGCCAAUGAGGAGAGGAAGGUGAUCAGUGAUCUCAAACCAUACUCCCACUAUGCCCUGGCUGUCACUGUAUUCAACAGCAAGGGAGAGGGACCCCCAUCUGAGACGCUGUCCUUCAAGACUCAUGAGGGAGUUCCUGGUCCUCCUAUGUCCCUGAUGCUGGACAGCCCCUCUGAGACUGAAAUGACCCUCAUCUGGACACCUCCUGGCGAGCCCAAUGGAGUCCUCAUUGGAUAUCUUCUGCAGUACCAACAGAUUGUGGAGAGUGAUGACAGCCCCAUGCAGGUGGAGACAAUAGACGACCCCAUGGUCACCCACCUCACCCUGAAGGGUCUGGACCGCCAUAGCCACUACCGCUUCUACCUGAGGGGCCGCACUGCUGCAGGGGAUGGAGAGCCCAUCAAGAAGGAGGGCGCCACCACUCUUGAUGGAGCGCCUCCUGCCAACAUCAGCCUGUCUGUGGGGGAAAACUCAGUCAACCUUAGCUGGGUGGCUAAGAAAAGACACAGGAACGUUAGCUUCCAGGUGCACUACCUCAAGAAAGAUGAUGGCAGUAAAUGGAAGAUGACGGAGAAGGUGAACUCCUCACAGUCUUUCUACCAACUCCAGGGCCUGACUCCAGGCUCUCAUUAUCAUCUACGCUUCACCUACAACAACAACACCUUCUGGGACACCAACAUCAAGACGGACGGAACAGGUGUGACAGAGAUGCAGCCCAGCUUUGCCACGCAGGGCUGGUUCAUCGGUGUUGUGAGCGCCGUCGUGCUGCUGCUGCUUAUACUCCUCAUCCUCUGCUUCAUCAAGAGGAGUAAAGGAGGGAAGUAUUCAGUGAAAGAUAAAGAAGAGGGGCCGAUGGACUCAGAAGCGCGGCCUAUGAAAGAUGAGACUUUCGGAGAGUACAGAUCUCUAGAAAGUGACCUUGAGGAGAAGCGCACAGCCAGCCUGCCGUCCCUCGGCGAGGAGAGCAAGCUAUGCAGCGAGGACAACCUGGACUUCAACGGCAGCAGUGCCAUCACCACGGAGCUCAACAUGGACGAGUCCCUGGCCAGCCAGUUCAGUCGGCCCAGCGAGGGACCAGGAGGCAACUCCCCGCCCAACCCCACCACCAUCACUCCAGCCACUAACGGCAUGCCCAACUCAGUCACCAUCCUCGAUUAACCCCCCCCACCCCCACCAUCUGCCGGGGAACCAUCAGACCAAAACAUGUCAACACAUACGUGCCCAUACGCUCCUGUUCCCCACUGACUUGCUGAUCCGUGAUUUAACGACCAAUACACAAUCAAUAUAUUGACUAUUCAGAUGCACCUGGCCGUCAUCUGAUCGACCGGACUUUUUUGACCAAAGGAGUGUCCAAAGUAGUGGACAGUGUGAUACAAGUCUGACUGACCUGAUGAUGUCCUUUGACCCCCUUCCUCCCCCCCUUUACCUGUGUGGUUUACAGCAGAGCUUAAUGACUAACAUUCAUUUCUCUCCUUUUCCUUUCUUUUGUUUCUCUCCGCAAACAACUCUAUAGAAAGAUAAAUACAGAAUGUUGUACAGGUAGACAUAUCGGAGGGAUCGUAGGUGUGGUCCCAUAGAGAUGCAGAGUCAUGCAUGGAAGGAGGAGGAUGAUGGUAGAGCCUAGUGUGGGGGAACAGACGGCACACGCUGCUGUAAAAAAAGUCUUGAGUCUUAGAUAUUAAUCAUGCCUUAUAUGAUUUCACACGUUUUGUAUGUCUAACGCCAUUCGAUGUCUAAGAUUGUACUCGCCAGUGACAUUUUUUAUUAUUUUAUACAAAUGAGUUUUAAUACAAAACACCCUUUUUGUUAUCUUUAAUUUAUAUCAUCACUUUUUCACAUUGUUUUCUACACCAUUUGUUGGAGAAAAACAACAACUUCUCUUUAUUCACACAUUUCAUGGAUAAACGUUGUUUUAAUUGAAACUAAGUGAAGCCAAGUUUCUUACUAUAACAUUGGAUGCAUUAUGGGAACUUGCUGUGAAAAUGCUGAGUAGCAUCUGGUGUAAAUAGCUGCAUCUACAUCUAUCUAUUUAGCCAUAAUACAGUAUUAUAGAUAUGUACAUGCUCCUUCUAAGUUCCUGUGCCUGCUGGGUCUGCAUAGAUCACCAGAUCGAUGUCAUUACUCUCUCGCCUUCCCACCAGAAGUGUAAUGUCAUUGUUGGAGAUGAUAUUGUAAUUUUUUGUGUCGAGACCUAUGUGUAGCUUUCUGUAUCUCUGUCCUUGUCUCUUUCUACACUGUAUUAAAAACAUUGUUGUCUCUAAUCCAACAAUCUUUUCAUACCUGUCCAUCUCAUGCCACACAAACUGUUUGAGGGAGCAGUAUUUAUGUAUAUUUACAGAUCCGAGAGUGGAAACAUUCUCAAGGUUUUAUUUUCAGACACUCAUCAAUGCAAGUGUAUACUGCAGACAGGCGUGAUGAUGUAUAAUAAAGGCAAGCAGUUGGUAUUUACAUCAAACACAGAGAAUGUAUUCUUUUUAAAGAUGGGCAUGUAAAUUGUAUUUUACAUGCUACUGAUGAACACAAUUUUGAGCUUCAAGGUACCGGAGAGAUAACAGUGGUUAAAGACCUGUAAGCCCCCCCCCGAGAAUGUAAAUACAACCCUUACAGUUGUUUUGAUGAUCCCAGCCAUGUUUGCUAUAAAAAUGUGAAAAAUGUGCAGGUUUGAAACCACCUAAUUUUAACAUGUUGCAUUUUCCUUCUUUGUACUGUUGCUAUGAAUUCAAUCUUUCCGUUUUUGACUAACGAUUGCAGUGAGAUUUGGCUGUUUUAGCAAAAAUAGUUCAUAGUUGAGGAAAAAAAAAAAUAAAUAAAAAUGGGAGAAAAAAAAAA